UGCUGUUCCAGUGGACUUAUAACAGUGGGGCCACACUGGCAAGUUAAAUAAUCCUCCUGAAACAAGAGGCUUCACACCAGAAGUGGUAAACAAAUGAUGAUUGAUCAGCGACCAGUCAAGCAGUCUUUGAGUUCCUCCAUAUGCCGAGACUCCCAAUGGAAGUGCCUCCUCCUCUCCAUUCUUAUGUAUGGCUGCCUGGGGGCCGUAGCUUGGUGCCAAAUCACACAAGUAACUAAGCUCAGCUUUGAUAGUUCUUUCAAAGGCAAAACUAUGAUUUACCAUGACAGCCCUUGCUCUGAUGGAUACAUCUAUAUCCCGUUAGCAUUUCUCGCUAUGCUUUAUGUGGUCUACUUGGUGGAGUGUUGGCAUUGCCGUGCCAAAAGUGAACUUCAGUACAAGGCUGACGUUGAAAGUGUUUACGACCGGAUCGCCAAAAUGAAGCAGGCUACGCCAUGUAUAUGGUGGAAGGCCAUAAGCUACCACUUUGUCCGACGAACCAGACAGGUGACUCGAUAUCGCAAUGGCGAUGCUUAUACAACUACCCAGGUCUACCAUGAAAGAGUGAACACCCAUGUGGCUGAAGCUGAGUUUGACUACUCUCACUGCGGAUUCAAGGAUAUCUCUAAGGAGCUGAUGGGCUUGGAAUUGUUUUCAGCUACAAAACUAAAAUUCACCAAAUGUUUCAGUUUUGCUAACACAGAGUCUGAGAACUCUUACCUGACACAGAGGGCUCAUUUCUUCACCGAGAUUGAAGGGCUGGAUGACUACAUGGAGAUCAGAGAAGGAAUGAAACUCAAGAAUGUAGACUUCAAAGAACUCAUGAUGGCAUACGGGGACCCAGAUGAUCUCCCAUGGUAUAUAUCCCAUUAUGCUUUCUGGGUGGCUGCUUUGAUGAUGAUCUCGUGGCCACUGAGAGUUUUCAUAGAGUAUCGGACUGCGUAUGUACACUACCAUGUAGAGAAACUUCUUGGGGUGGAGUACAGAGUGCCUACUGUAGCAGAGGAGCCUUUGUUCCGAUAUCGCAUACCCAGGGUUAGCACUCAGGAUAGCACAGAACUUGAGUGGCACAUCUGCACCAAUCGCCAGUUGAUUCCCAGCUACUCAGAGGCUGUGCUCAUGGACCUGGCAAAUUCUUCAAUAUGCAAUGGUUACUCUGUAUGCAGAUCCAGUGAGAUCACUCGUGGCUGUGAGCAUUGCCACCAUGCCUCUAGUACCUCUUCGAUCUUCUCUCGCCAUGCCUUCCACAGCUGCAGUGGAAAUUCGCAGCUCUCCCUUAAUACCAGUCGCUUCUCCCUGUGUCGAAUUCAUGGCUCUCACAGGACAGGCCUCUGGAGGAGUCACAGCAGCAACAUCACUGACCGCGGCUGCCAGGAUGACCAGUGCUGUUCUCAUUCUAGCCAACUGGCCAUCAAUGAAAAUCCGCCUACUUAUCACGAUGCUCGUUUUUUCCCUGUGCUAAUUGUUCAUCGGCCAGAAGGGCAGGAAGGAAGGCGCUUCUAUUUGCGCCGUGCAUCCUGCCUGGAAACCUCCUUAUGAAAGUGCUUCCUGUCACACAGUUACAAAAGCCUGACUAUCUGAAAGUUGUUUGACAGUUAGAACAACAUCAUGUCAUGCAACAGAUUAAAAUCCCCAGCUAUUUGUUCCUCCUGCUAGGAAUCAUUUCCAUCAGGAAACCUAAGGGUCAAUUCUAAAUCAAACAAUUAACAUGUUUAUGAGUUUCUUUAUUUCACUAAUACCCUGCGAUUUCU